UUAUUGAUGAACAACUCGUUAAUUGAAGUGGCCAAGUUGCAUGAGGAAAAGAAUUUCGAAUUUCUCAUUUUUACUGGAGAUUUGGUUGACCAUGAUACUGUCCACGCCACUCCAAAUGUCACAAAAGAAUCAGAAGUGACGUCGUUCAACUUGAUGAAACAUUUCUUAAACAAUAUCACGGUGUUGCCUUCGUUGGGUAAUCAUGAUGCAUUCCCAUAUGCACAGUUUUCCCCUUCACAGUAUGGAAGAAAUAACUCAUACGAAUAUAAUAUUGAUGAUAUCGUCAAUUUAUGGAUCAAUAAAGAGUGGUUUGAUGAGAAGGAUGCUAGUGAUUUGAGACACCAUUAUACUGGGUUCUCAUAUGUUACCAAUAGAGGAUUGAAAGUCAUAGCUUUGAAUUCCAAUGCCUACUAUGUAUCCAAUUUGUGGAAUUAUCUUGAUCAAUCUACUAACCCGGAUUUGUUUGGAAAUUGGAAAUUCCUUGUCGAUGAAUUGGUGGACUCGGAACAAAAGGGCCAAAGAGUUUGGAUAAUGGCACACGUUCCACCAAACAAUAAUGAUGCAUUGCCGCUUCAAUCGAGAAUCUUUGGUAAAAUCAUUGAACGAUUUUCCCCUUACACCGUUGCCAAUUUGUUUUACGGUCAUACCCACACGGAUGAGUUCUCCAUAUUGUACUCUAGCAAUGUUACUGCUGCGGAUGCUGUUGCUGAAGAUGUUAUCAAUAUGGCAUGGGUUGCGCAAUCAGUAACUCCAUUUACUAGUUAUAACCCUUCGUGGAAGUGGUACGAAGUUGAGCAUGAAAGUUUCAACAUCAUCAAUGCAUACAACUACUAUACUCAAUUGAAUUUGACCUUCACCAAUGGAGGUGAAGAGCCAGAGUGGGAAAUUGAAUAUAGUGCUAGAGAUUUUUAUGAUUCAGACCACACUUGGCCAGAAGAUGCGCCUUUGAAUGGUACCUUCUGGCACAACUAUGUGGCUAAACCAUUGUGGAAUACUAGUGAUCUUGCUUUUGCUCAGAAGUUUAUGGAUCUCAAGUACAGGUUUAGUCCAUUGACACCAAACUGUAAUGUGAAUGGCACAUUAUCAGACAAAUGUUACAACAACAACUGUUUUAUCAAUUUCUACUAG